GUCAACAACACCGCAACCUGAGACAGGAUAGCAGCCUCUUGGCUAGCAAAGUGAACCUGCUAAGUAGCUGGAAAAUAAAAAAAAACGAAAAAAAUAAAUUGUUUCGAUUUGAAUUUACCCCACUAACUUCUACAGCAAUGUAGCCUAUUUGUAAAGAUAUUUGGACUCGGCAAGAUGAAGAAAGGACUUUGUUAGGCAGCUUCAACAUCUUCCUCCUGUGUGAUAUGACAUCACUCCAGCCUUACGACAAAAGCCAGAGAUCUACAGCAUACGCGUGACAUCUGCUCAGGUGUUGUUGAAGAGGAUGGCUGCACAGGUGGAGGUACACAGUGGGGAGGCUGGAAGGACAAUGACAGGAGGAAGACUUCACUUGAGUCCCCUGACCAACUCAAGCAACACAAGUCCAUCAAUCAAUCAGUCGCAUAUCAUCACUCCUGAACCCAAAAAACCUGUCCCUGGGCCCAAGCCACGGUUGACUCCAAAACCGUUUGCUGUGGAGAAUAAAAACAGUAUUAAGCCCAUACCUGCCCCAAAGCCGCAAACCAAACCCAGACCAGAAUCCACUAACACCACUGGAUACAAACCAGAGCUUCCCAACAGUCCAAAACCACAGCAACCAGUUGCCAUUGUUAAGCCAAGGCCUGUGUCAAUCAACUCCAGUCGUCCUGCCUCAACCUCAUUUAGAACAUCAACUAAGGUGAAUACUGGGCAAACAACCAAGCCUGUCCAUCCAUUUAAACCAGCCCCUCCUUUUGACUCUGUAGAUGCCAACAAAUCAACGCCUCCAUUGCCAGCAGAGAGACAGAAACCUAAGAACCAGAUGACACCCAUGCAGGGAGGGGCAUCCAUUGCCAGAGCCAAGUCAUUGGGGUUUCUUAAUCAGAUUGAGAACGAGGAUGAACAAAAUAAAUCUCUGACAGUUGUCCCACCCCGACCCAAACCCCGUGGUUCCAGGCCCAGACCUGUAUCUGCUAUUUUUCUUAAAAAUCCAGAGAUACCAGUUCCUGCUCCACGCUUGGCUGGGGGAAACCCUCUUUCAUCUGAUCUUACAUACAAGUUUGAAUCUAUUGGUCUGUCAUUGCACCGUAAAGCGACCAAAUCAGACGUUAAGGAAUGCACUCCAAAAGAUAAAUCACUUUCACAAAAAACCCAGAAGGAGAAAAUCAGUACCUUGGGACAGACCACUGAUGUUGAAGGUAAACAAUCGACCUCAGACGAGCAGAGCAACAACAUUGCAGAAGAAAUGAUCGUUAAAGAGACUGAGGAUCAGCGAGGGGUUAGCAUCAAGUCACGAAUUCAUCUCCUGCUUGAUUCCUCCUCUGCUCCUGAGACGGUGUCUUCUCGUCAGAUAUCAGAUAUUCUCUCUCCAGAGCAGACACUCCCUGAAAGUGAACCACAAGUGGGGGUUAAACAGCUCAUCAAGCAGCUUACAGAGGAUACAACUCCAACCCAGAGUCCCGUCAUGAAACCUGCAAUGAAGCCCCGCCACCUGCCCGCUGAUUUCACUAAAAAGUUUUCACCCGAGAGAUUGUCUGACUUUGGCAAUGUUUCAAUCAGUGACCCUACAGAAUAUCAUGAGAUCAGCAAAGAUCCUCAAAGGAGGAUCGACGCAGUCAACAACAGUGACCAGAUGGGUGUGGAUUUCCAAGAUCAGCUCAAAAAUAUCAACUCAAUUACAGAAAGUACAGAGGCAGAACAGGCGUCAAGUGCUACCAGCAAUCAAAGUGGUCCGACUGUUGAAAUGCAGACAGAACGAGCAUCCUUCUUUGAUAAUAUUGUGGAGAGAUCUAGUGUGACAAAUGGCGCUGACUUAUUGAGUAACCCACCUUUACGAGUAGGAAGCAAAGAGGAUGAAGGAACUUUGGUGACUGCCAUGUAUAAAGAUUAUAUUUCUCCAAGUAUCCUGCGAGUGAACCACACCAUGGACACAGUGCAAGGAAUGGGAGAGAACAGGGCAGUAAGUGAGAGCAUUCCAUCUGCUCAGUGGGAAGAUAAAGCCAUGACCUUAAACUCCAGACACUCAGAAGGGAACAGGAAAAUGAUGGAAACAACUAGUUUAAUAAAAGGUGAACCAGCUUCAGCAAUGGCAAUAGAGCAACAACCUCGAUACUUGCGAAUAGGAUCCUUGCAGAAAUGGCCUACUGCAGGUGUGGCUCAAGAAGCCGGUGUGCAAAAUGCCACGCUAAACCACUCACAAAGGGAAAAAGAAAUGGAUUUGAAUAAAGAUAAAGACAGACAGAAAGAAGCAGACCACAAGGAAAUACCUGGAGCUACUAAACUCAUCAAAACACUGCAGAUAGAUGAAAAGCCAAAACCCAAGGCAACCUAUUUUGCCUUGACCGGACAAAUACAGGAGUCGGUGUCUUCUUUAGAUACUGGAUCUGACAUUAUAGAUUCAGCAGUGCCUUCUGGUGAUUUUGCAGUAGGUUCUGGACAGGUAACCUCUCAAGGUAAGGUAGCUGAAAUUAAGAGGAAUCUGUCAAUAAAUGAAACAUCUGGAGAAAAAAAACAAGGCAAAUAUGAAGACGUAAGGAGAAUGAGCCACAUUUCACCCAGGCAGGUGGUAUCAGUGCUGGAUAUGCCGACAGCAGAUAUAAAGACGGGAGUAGUAAAAAGAGCGCAAACAAAGGAGGAUGAAAGGCAAAAUGGCAAAAUUAAAGUUAUUGAUGGGGACAAACAGCGACAAAUGGAAAUUGAGAAACAAGCCCUUUUACAGUUUUCACAAAUGAAGGAAAGGGAGAUGCAAAGAGAAUUUGAAAGGCGUAAAGCAUUUGAAAGGGAGAAACAAAAACAGAGAGAGCUUCAAACCCACAGUCUGCAAGAAUUGGAGUUGGGACAGCAGAAAGACAUGGGAAAACAAAGGCAGUUGUGUUUCAAGCAAGAAAAGGCAAAUCAGCAAGAACAAGAGAUGCAGAGUAGGGAGGAAGUAGAGAGGCAAAGAGAGCUAGAGAGGCAAAGAGAGUUUGAAAAGCAGAGACAGAAAGAAAUGCACAGGCAGAGGGACCAAGAAAAGGAGAGAAAACAAAGGCAGAGAGAGCAGGAACUGGAGAGGCAACAAGAAUUAAUGAGGCAAAAAGAGCAGGAAAUGGAAAGACAGCUAGAACAGAUGAGCGUAAGGGAGCAGGAAAAGGAGAAACUACGAGAACUUCAAAGGCAGCAAGAACUGAUGAGGCUGAGGGAGCAGGAAAUUGAGAGACAACAACAACAGGUGAGGUUGAAGGAGCAGGAAAAGGAAAGACAGCAAGAAUUGAGGAGGUUGAGGGAGCAGGAAAAGGAGAGACGGCAACAAUUUGAGAGGCAGCAAGAACUGAUGAGGCUGAGUGAGCAGGAAGAAGAGCGACAGCGAGAAGUUGAGAGACAGCAGGAACUAAUGAGGCUGAGGGAGCAGGAAGAGGAGAGACUGCAACAAUUUGAGAGGCAGCAAGAACUGAUGAGGCUGAGUGAGCAGGAAGAGGAGCGGCAGCGAGAAGUUGAGAGACAGCAGGAACUAAUGAGGCUGAGGGAGCAGGAAGAGGAGCAGCAGCGAGAGGUUGAGAGACAGCAGGAACUAAUGAGGCUGAGGGAGCAGGAAGAGGAGCGACAGCAAGAAGAGAUGAGAGGGAGGGAGCAGGAAAUUGACAAAAAGCGAGAACUUGAGUGGCAGAGAGAGUAUGAAAAGGAGAAACGACGAGAACUUGAGAGGCACGCAGAACAACUGAGGCAAAGGGAGCAGGAAAUUGAGAGACAGCGAGAAGUUGAAAGACAGAACACACAGCUGAAGCUGAGGGAGCAAGAAAAGGAGAGGAAGCAAGAACAGGUGAGGCUGAGGGAGCAGGAAAUGGAGAGACAUCGAGAACUUGAGAGGCAGAAAGAGCAUGAAAAGGAGAGACGACAAGAAUUUGAGAGACCGCAAGAACAAUUGAGGCAAAGGGAGCAAGAAAUGGACCAACAGCAAGAACUCGAGCGUCAGCAAGAACAGGUGAGGUUGAGGGAGCAGGAACUGGAGAAACGGCGAGAACUUGAGAGACGGCAAGAAAAGGGGAGACUGAGGGAGCAGGAAAUGGAGAGACGGCGAGAACUUAAGAGGCAGCAAGAACUACUGCGGCAAAGGGAGCAAGAAAUGGAGAGACAGCAAAAACUGCAAGAACAGUUGAGGGUGAGGGAGCAAGAAAUGGAGAGAGAGCGAGAACUUUCGAUGCAGCAAGAAUUGGAGAGACGAGAACCUGUGCGACAGCAAGAAAGGGUUAGGCUGGGGGAGCAAGAAAUGGAGAGACAGCGAGAAUUUAAGAGGCAACAAGAACAAGUGAGGCAAAAAGAACAAGAAAUGGAGAGAAUGCGAGAACUUGAGCAACAACAAGAACAGGUGAGGCUGAGGGAGCAGGAAAAGGAGCGACAGUGGGGAGUUCAUAUGCAGCAAGAACUGGAACAAGAGAGGCAGCGUGAAUGGGAAAGACAAAGACAGAGAGAAAAAGAGAGGCAGUCAGCGCUAGAUAGGGAGACACUUCUUUUGGAAAUGCAAAGGAACAAGAGAAUGGAGGAACUGGAGAGAGGUAAAGAGAGAGAGGAAGGAAGGCUCUCCCACCAAAACCUGAAGCAGAAAGAAAAUGAGAGGUAUCAUUUUAUUGAGCUUGAGAAGCAGUGGUUCAGAGAGAACACUGAGAAAACAAGACAAAUGGCGUUAGAACAGGAAAUGCUAAGACUGAAAGGGAUUGAUAAGGAAUGGGAAAAACAAAGACAAAUGGAGAGGGAGUGUGAGGAAGACAUUGAGAGGGAAAAGCUUAAAGAGCUGGACAGACUGAGAGACUUGCAAAGGGGAAAACAACUCCACGCUGAGAAACAGUACCAAAGGCUAAUACAACAGGCCCCGCAGAAUGAAAGGCUUAGAUGGGAGGCAGAGAGAGAGAAGAUGGAAAAGGCUGAGGCAGAGAAAAUGAGACAGAUUGCCAGACUUCAAGAAGCAGAGAGACACAGACUAAAGGAGAAACACAUUAAAGAGGAACAUGAGAGAAUAAGGCUGGAUCAGUCCCCUUUGAGGCCCAAAGUGGUAGAUGUAGACUCUUUGCUCAGAGCUGCCACCUCUCAACACAUUGACCCUUCACUAAGAUGGAAGGAGCCCUCUCCCAGAGCUGAAGAGCCCUACAAACCUUCCAUUCUUGAUGUGGACUCUUUUAUAUCUCAAUCUCAGCCAUACUCCAAUCAAGAUCUACUGUCUGUUGCCAGUAUUCAAGAAGUAGACUCCAACUUUGGUACUAUAUUACACCCUGCACCUGAAAGAGAUAUUACGUGGAAGGCACCCCCACAGACUUCAGUUGACUUCACAAGUCCAGUGUGGACGCUAUCCACCCAUGACCCACUGGAGCUACAGCCAACUGAGGUGGCUUACAACAAAUCCCUUCAUGAGCCCAGAAAACACACAACCAAAGUCAGCCCAGACCAACUACUUUUUAGGCAGGACGGACAGUCCCCGGCCUCACAACGCCACUGGCGCCGUAGGCAAGUUGAGCCACUUUACUUGGACUCUUUUUUCCAAAGAGAGGCAACAACCAGAGUCUCCAGCAGUACUCCCGUUGAUCAGGUCUGGUUACCCAGAGAACUAAAAUCCCAAGACAACCAGGAAGAGGUCUGGAACCACAGGAGAUCCCAGGGAUCCCAGGAACUGAACAGGAUGCGGUCUCGCAGUAUGUCACGUAGAUCAGCCCCCUCUGGUGUUGCUCUUGAGAAAAGUCUUUUUAGAAUAAGGAGUCGUAGCGCUCACAGAGAACAGGAUCACCAAACCUGGGAGCAACAGAAGCAAGAUGUCAGUGGUGAGGAUAAGAGGAAGGACUCUGCAACACCAGUGGGUGAGACAGAUAGUCAGUAUGGGACUUGGGAGACAGGACUACGCACUGAUGAUAGCUCAGAAAGUAACCUCAGCCCUUCGCCAAGGAACACAGCUCCUGCACACCCGCAAGGAGAACAUGACAUCUUUGAUGGCCCGCAUCCACCCUCUAAAUCUGAGAACCAGCCGCUCUUGUUCCCCGAUGCCCCAACCACUCUGUUAGACACCGGUGUCCUGCGGUCCAGAGUCCAGCUGGGAAAGAAGCGCGCUCCCAGGACGCGGCCCUCCAGAGCUGCCCGUCAAAACACUACCCAAGCUGAGGCAGAAGGGGCCACCUCUGAGGAAUGGCUCUACCGAGACUCAACAGAGGAAAAGGUUGAGCAUAAAAUGGAUGAAGUAGACUCUGAGGAGCAGGCCACAGGAGCAGAUGCUGCUGCUGCUUUUGCUUCUCAGCCACAAAGGAUUGCCCUGUUCCCUGGGGUGGACUCUCAAGCUUUAAAGGUCCAGUUGAAGAAGAGGAGCGACUCUGACAAUCAAACUGAUGCGCCGUCUCCUUCCCUUGCUUCUCGCUCCCCUAAAUCGCCCUUCCUGCCUCGGGCUGCUCGUGUACUUCUCCCUGCUAGUGGGAAAGAAAAUGGUGAGGAGGAAUCACCCCAGUGGUUGAAAGAGCUCAAGUCCAAGAAGCGCUUGAGUCAAUAUGAGAAUGAAAGCUAAGUAAAAAAAGGUUGCCUUGUGAAACGGAUCUAUAAGAAACAGAGGCCUUAACGUUCGACUCGGAGAGAUGGAGGGGAAGUCUGCUGCUGAGGAUGUUUUUCUUCUUUUGGUUCUCUGUCUGCGUUGAUCAUCCUGCAUGGUGCCUUUUAUAGAGAAUAUUUGCAAAAAUAUAAACAAGAUGGGGGCACAUGAAAAAUAACACACACAAAAUGCACCCAGCUGCUCUGCUUACAUUUCCCUUUCCUUUACACGUGUGGCCUCCUCUACUCAGAGAGUGAAACUUUGUGAAAACUUCAGUAGGGACCAGAGUAGUUUUGGGAGAGGGGGAUGAGUAAUUUCAUGUCAGGCGACAUGUCAAGAAAUGGUUAACUUGAGGGACCACUGCACAAUUGACCGCAUGCUGGAGAGCCAUCCGGGACAAUACAAGAUUUAUAUUUGGUUCCUAUACUUGUCUAAUACGUACAAAUCAGUGGUUGUGUAUAUGUUGUCUUUGUGUCAUCAGUCAUUGAUCGGAUGUCACACAAGCAUUGCCAUGGGACAAUAUUUCAGAUACUAAUGGUUCCUUGUUGAACUUUAAAAGCUGCUUACCACAUUAUUAGAUGGAAUGUAUAUCAUGUAAGUAAUCAUGAGAUGUUAUAUUUGUAUGUUUUACUAUGACAGAGAGAGUUUUUAGGAGAAAAUAUGUUGUUUCAUUACAAUAGAGGCUCCAAUGCCUUGCUUUGAUAUAUGCUCCUCAAUGUUAGUGUCACGUUUUUGUUUAAAUAUAUUUUGUCUUUGUGGGAGAGAGAUGGGAGGCAUCAUGAACACUCCUUAACAGCACAAAUACUUUAUUUCAGUUUUAUAUGAAAACACUAAUCAUGUUCCUUCCCUCUUGAUAAAUUGCAAGCAUCCAUCAAAAGCCAUAGAGUACCUAACUAUUGUCACACACUCCUGAACGCUCUGACAAUGUAUGUUCCUUCAACCCCAUGUGUGCGCACAAUUUUUACCAUCAGGCUUUGCUCAAAGCGACCAGCCUAGAGACACAAGAAGUUAGAUCACACAACUCAAGGAGUGGGAUACUUUGUCUGCUCCAUUCUUUCUGGGCAAAACAUUUAUGGCUCCAUACAUUUAGCUGUAAUUUUCCACGUAUUGUUGCCAUUGACUCAUUCACAUCUCUAAAGCACUUCGUCACUUGAUGCACGGCAGCACUGACCUCAUUGGUCAUGUGGAUCAAGUCUUUUGGUUGAUUGUC